AUGUCGACAUUAGUGGACCUUACAGAUCAAAGAGCUGAAACGAUUCCAUGUUCCACAGCUACGCCAAAUUGGACCAUUCAUGUUUCAGAUAUAAGAACGGUUAAAGUGAGUAACAUAUCACUGAUUACUUCCAAACAGGACAUUGAAGAGUUCUUUUCAUUCUCAGGUGAUAUUCAAUAUAUUGAGAUGCAAAGGGAAUCUGAUCGCACUCAGGUUGCUUAUGUUACCUUUAAGGAUUCACAGGGAGCCGAGACAGCAGUUCUCUUGACAGGUUCUAAGAUAGGUGACCUAUAUGUCACCAUAUCACCGGUGGAGCAGUACCAGCUUCCCCCGGAAGCUCUUCCGUCAAGUCCUACAAACCGAAAUACUGCUGCUGUUAAGAAGGCUGAAGAUGCGAUAAGUACCAUGCUUGCGAAGGGUUUCAUUUUAGGAAAGGACGCAAUCAACAAGACAAAAUCCUUAGACGAACGUCUUCAGUUGACCUCUAAUGCUUCUUCUACAGUUGCUUCCAUUGAUCGUAAAAUUGGUUUGAGUGAUAAACUAAGUAUUGGAACAACCAUUGUUAAUGAAAAGGUGAAAGAGAUGGAUGAAAGGUAUCAGCUUUCUGGAAUGACAAAGUCUGCUUAUGCUGUUGCCGAGCAAAAGGCAAGUAGUGCUGGAACUGCUAUCAUGAGCAAUUCUUACGUCUUAACCGGAGCGUCAUGGGUCUCGAGCGCGUUUAGCGCUAUUGCAAAGGCAGCCGAGGAUGUCAGCACGAUGACCAAGGAGAAGGUUGAACAAGCUGAGGUGGGAAAAAAUGAGAUUAUUUACAGUGAAAGAAAAGGGACGGUCGAUGGGUUUUCUCUGAUGCACUUUGAGCAGUCGUUAAACAGCGGCCCUGCAGUUGUUCCUGUUAAUUCCAGCAACGACAGUAAAGCUGGUAAUUUUCUAACAUGA